AAGAGAAAUUAUAAAUAUAGAUGAGAAAAUAAGACAUUUCACGUAAUAAUGAACCAUUUCUUUCACUUUUUAGACAAUCAAUGGCUUUAUUAGAUGCACAUUGUUUAAAAGCCAUAGCAACUGCAUCUCAGGAAUUGAAUAAAAUAAAAAUAAAUAAAACACAAAUAUAAAAUAAAAUAAAUAACUUUCAAUUUAGUGCAUUUAAGUACCAAAAACAUUUCCAUUAAUGAUAGAAAAAAAAAUACUUUGGCUAUACAGACUUUAUAGGCAUAACAGUCUUCUCCUUUGGGAUUUUUUGUGGCAUAAAGGAGGCAAAAACAUUUGAACUAGAACAAGUCCAUGCAUCAAUUCAAUAGUUUAGUUUUACACAUUUCUGAUGUGAGUGCAGUGCAAUAUGCAGAAGAUAGGUAAGGUAAGGGCCACACCUUGCUAUGUCUUACUCAUGGCAUGUAUGCCAACCUUUAAAGGAGAACUUUAUUGGAAUGAAGGAAGUAACAAGAGUGAAGAUGACCAAGGGAUCCAAACUAUGAAAGCCACCCGUCUGGAUGCAGUCUACAGACGUUUCAGGCAUGUGGAAUCUGAGCCCCUCUACACCGUGGCAACACUGGUGGAUCCACGGUAUAAAGACAGGUACUUCACAAACGCAGAAAACCUUGGACAUGCAAAGGCAGCAUUAAAGGCAGCGGUGAAAGUUAGAGAAGAGUUAGAAGAAGAGCUGAAGACCACGCCUCCAUCUGAUGAAACUGUGUCCGAGCCAGUGAACAAGAUUCCAUGGAUGGAGGGUGCAAGCAGCAACCUUGGCAGCAUCUUUGAUGAGAUACUGGAGGAGAGCAGUGCAGCAGCAGGUCCUUCUGAGCAGAUCACCCUAGGGGCAAUCAGUGAAAUGGAGAGCUACCUCUGUGAGGCUCCUAUUGAACAUAAGAACAAUCCUUUACAUUACUGGAGAGCCUAUCAAGCUCGAUUCCCCACCCUGGCAGCAACAGCAGCUAAGAUCCUCUGUGCUCCCUGCACGAGUGUCAAGAGUGAAAGGCUCUUUAGCACAGCAUCAUUUAUCAUUGAGGAACACAGAAGCAGGCUGACAGCAAAGCAUGCUGAAAUGGUUAUCUUCUCAAAAAAGAAUCUCCACAUCAUGCUCGGAUUGAAGAAAAUGGAGAUGGGGGAGUAGUAAGGGUAGUCAGCAGUUUAAUUAGCUGACUGAUUAUUAUUUGUUUUCUGCUCUUGUUAUUAGAGUGACAUGUUUAUUUUGUUUACACUCUAUUUUUAGUGAGGACUAAGAGCAAUAACCACAUUGUUUUGAACACAGUCAGUGAAAUUUGAGCUGCAGACUCUUAACUUUGAGCAGUUGGACAGUGGACAAUGUUGUGAUGAUGUUAUUGUUUGUUUUUUUGUUCCCACUCUCAGUUGUUCCCACCAUAUACUGACUGUAAAAAAUAACCAAAGUGAACUUGAAUUGUUUGCACCUUAAAAGUAUUAUUUGUUUUUAUUGGAUUUAUUGAG